UACGGGAGAACGUGUAGGAUGUCCGCGUGUGUGUGUGUGGGGGUGUAUGCGUGCGUACGUCAGAUGUGACGUCAGGUGAUAACUUCUACGUGGCGCAAAGUAUAUUAUAAUCCAGCAAAAACGAACGCAUCGGCGCUGGAAGAAACAUUUGUGGAUGUCAUCGAAUGCGGACGCUCUGUACUGGUGGACAACCGAACAGGAGUUAUUAAACGAGAAUAACAGAACAGCGGUGGAUCAACGAAUACUACAGAACAACACUUGUUCAGUGGGAGCAACAAAACAGGAAUUGUUCGGCGAGAACAGCAGAAGAACAUUUGUUCAGCGGGAACAACAGUAAAAACUGGUUCAGCGAGAACAGCAGUGAUUGUAACUUCAUAGCUGCGUUUGUUCCUUAUCGUCGGAGCGAACGCUCGAACGACUAUAUUUCCCAAUAUUUUAUCGCAAGAUCACAAACAACUCACUCGAGAUCACACAUGCACACGCAAGAUCACGCAAGGUCACGUAAAGCAAGCUAUCGAUCACACGAAAUCUCUCAAGAUCACGAAAGAUCACGCAAGAUCAAGCAAGAUUACUCAAAACAAUCACCAUCGCGCAAGACCACUCAUUCGGCCAUCUUUGCUUCACCGUCGGCCGUCUUAGAAAUCUUCUGGAUAAAGAUCAUUCGCAAAGGAACGCUGGCGCAUUGAGAGUCAGCGAGCGGCCAACCUGUGAUGUAUGUUAACGGCGUGUAUCUCUACUCGCCCUCCUCCUCCGUCCAGCAUUCGAGUUACGCUCCCUACAUCCUCCCCUGGCUUCCCCAGCCCCGAGGCACGGACGCCAUGUCCAAACUACGAUCAUCCGUGAGUCCCGUGGCGGCGCUCUCGCGAGAGGUAACGCACAGAUGCCAACCUGCCGAAAGCACGCGCGCCACACAACCGUCCCCGGUGCUACCGGAAUGCCGGACUCCCGCCCAGCUAACCGGAUCGAGUCCGGUCGGCUCUUCGGAACUGAAAUUCGGGAUCAAUCGGAUAUUGUCGGACGAUAUACGACCGAAGAAAGUUCUAGCUCCGUUGUCCGGUUUGUCCACUCACUCGGACACCGUCCACGGCAAGUACGUGCAUCGCCCGUGGCCCGUACUGCAGCCACCGUGCGCUGACAUACGGUACGGACACGCGACUGACCACCGAGUGGACAUCGCCGGCUAUUCUAACCUGCUGGGUCACGGAACCACAGCGGCGGCAGCGGCGGCGGCAAAUGCGCUCAACUACUCGUUUCACGUGCUUGGACAGUUGGGUUCAAGCAGAGAAUCUUACCAGGAUCCUUAUUCGAAAAUAGACUAUGACACCCAACAGCCAACCACGAAGAGGAAGAGAUCGUGGACUAGAGCCGUCUUCUCCAACUUGCAGAGGAAAGGUCUGGAGAAACGCUUCUCCGUGCAGAAGUACGUGACAAAGCCGGACAGACGACAAUUGGCUGGACUGCUGGGUCUAACAGACGCUCAAGUAAAAGUCUGGUUUCAAAAUCGCCGAAUGAAGUGGCGCCACUCGAAGGAGGCCAUGCAGAUCGACGAAGAGAAAGCGAAAGCAGACGCAAAGCCCAACGGCGCCAAGUGCAAGUUAACGGCGAAGAACACGAAGGAGAAGUCAGCGACCGGCGACGAUGACGAUGCUAACGUCACUGCGGUCAGGAAGACGACCAAAGUAUCACCAGCGUAAGCUCACGUCCCCGCUACUUUAUAUCAGUAAUAUGUACCAUAUUAUUGUAUGCGACG